AUGACCUCGACUUCCUGCAAGCUGUGUAUCGAGGUGACCUCACAGAGUAAGAUUGUGUGGAUCUCGGAGUCUCUCUGUAUAGGAUGUGGCAUCUGCAUCAAGAAAUGCCCAUUUGGUGCUCUGUCCAUCGUCAACCUGCCCAGCAACCUGGAGAAGGAAACCACGCACAGAUACAGCGCCAACUCCUUCAAACUGCACCGGCUGCCUAUCCCCCGGCCCGGCGAGGUCCUGGGGCUCGUAGGGACCAACGGUAUCGGGAAGUCGACGGCCCUGAAGAUCCUGGCCGGCAAACUGAAGCCAAACCUGGGCAAGUACGACAACCCCCCCGACUGGCAGGAGAUCCUGACCUACUUCAGAGGUUCGGAGCUGCAGAAUUACUUCACCAAGAUCCUGGAGGACGACCUGCGGGCCAUCGUCAAGCCGCAGUACGUCGACCAGAUCCCCAAGACCGUCAAGGGGUCAGUAGGAGCCAUCCUGAGCAGGAAGGAUGACACAGACACACAGGACCUGGUCUGCGAGCAGCUGGACCUGAGCCACCUGCGGGACAGGAACGUGGAGGAUCUGUCGGGAGGGGAGCUGCAGAGGUUCGCCUGCGCCGUCGUCUGCAUCCAGAAGGCCGACAUUUUCAUGUUUGACGAGCCGUCCAGUUACCUGGAUGUGAAACAGAGGCUGAAGGCUGCCAUCACCAUCAGAUCGCUCAUCACACCUGACAGGUACAUCAUUGUGGUGGAACAUGACCUCAGUGUGUUGGACUACCUGUCUGACUUCAUCUGCUGUCUGUACGGAGUGCCGAGCGCCUACGGAGUCGUCACCAUGCCCUUCAGCGUGCGAGAGGGCAUCAACAUCUUCCUGGACGGCUACGUUCCCACGGAGAACCUCCGCUUCCGAGAAGCCUCAUUGGUCUUCAAGGUGGCUGAGACGGCCAAUGAGGAGGAGGUGAAGAGGCUCAGGCACUACCAGUAUCCCAACAUGAAGAAGACGAUGGGCGAGUUCACUCUGGAGAUUAAAGAGGGAGAGUUCACCGACUCUGAGAUCAUGGUGAUGCUGGGAGAGAACGGCACAGGGAAGACGACCUUCAUCAGGAUGUUGGCUGGAGGACUCAAACCUGACGGGGGAGGUGAUGUUCCCAUCCUGAAUGUCAGCUACAAGCCUCAGACCAUCAGCCCCAAGUUCAAGGGCAGCGUGCGGGCUCUGCUGCACGAUAAGAUCAGAGACGCCUACACACACCCACAGUUCAUCACCGACGUCAUGAAGCCCAUGCAGAUAGAGAGCAUCAUCGACCAGGACGUCCAGAACCUGUCCGGUGGAGAGCUGCAGAGAGUGGCUCUGACUCUGUGUUUGGGGAAACCAGCCGACGUCUACCUGAUCGACGAGCCCUCGGCUUACCUGGACUCUGAGCAGCGACUGAUGGCAGCCAGGGUCAUCAAGAGGUACAUCCUCCACGCUAAGAAGACGGCGUUCGUGGUGGAACACGACUUCAUCAUGGCGACCUACCUGGCCGACAGAGUCAUCGUGUUCGACGGGACGCCGUCCAAGAAGACGUCCGCCAACACGCCUCAGAGUCUGUUAGCGGGGAUGAACCGCUUCCUGUCUCUGCUGGAAAUCACGUUCAGACGAGAUCCGAACAACUUCAGACCCCGAAUCAACAAACUCAACUCCAUCAAGGACACGGAACAGAAGAAGAGCGGAAACUACUUCUUCCUGGACGACUAGGUGCACUUCCUGCUCGAACAGCGACGGCCUCCUGCUGCGUCCGCCGCCCGGGCGACGCCCCGCCCACGCCGAGCCUCAGAGCGCGGCGUCGCCUCACAAACAUACACAGCAAGUCCAAACCCCUCCAGCGGCCGGCUCGGGCGUUCACCAGCCGGCGGCGCGGAAACGUUUUAAACAUCAGUACAUGAAGAAAAAAAAACAAUAAAAAAAAAAACAACAAACAAACCAUUCAGUGCUUAACAUUCUGUAACACUCAGCCUGUGUGUGUGUGUGUGCGUGUGUGUGUGUGUGUGUGUGUGUGUGUGUGUGUGUGUGUGUGUGUGUGUGUGUGUGUGUGCGCGCGGAGCUCCGUUCAGCAGCUGACAUGUUGCGGAGCGUCGGAAAAAUAAAUGAAUGAAUAAAUAAAUGAAUAAAGACGACGCCCCGCAUCCUGUCACCGGGCCGGUUCAAACCGGCUGCAUUCACAAGCCGGCGGUGUUGUGGAACGUUUAAAAAAAAUAAAUAAAUAAAAACAAACAAACACACAAACA